GAAAGAAAUUGCAUUCCAUUUUUCCGUGAAAGAGAGGCAAAAAAAAGGUGCGCGUGGAACUUUCCCUUUCUUCGCCGAAGCCGAGCGAAAGAAACCCCAAGCCCAACCCCAUCUCUCUCUCUCUCUCUCGGCCUCGCCCACCCCCUCGAUCGAUCGGCCGGUCGGCGAUGACGCCGGGAAGCUCGGCCGCCGGAUCCGGCGUCGUCGUUCCUCGGAACUUCAGGCUCCUAGAAGAGCUUGAGCGUGGAGAGAAGGGCAUUGGAGAUGGUACAGUGAGCUAUGGAAUGGAUGAUGCAGAUGACAUCUACAUGCGAUCAUGGACUGGCACUAUUAUUGGCCCACAUAAUACUGUCCAUGAGGGUCGCAUCUACCAGCUGAAGUUGUUCUGUGACAAGGACUACCCCGAGAAGCCACCAUCUGUUCGAUUUCAUUCAAGAAUAAACUUGACAUGUGUUAAUCAUGAAACUGGAGUGGUUGACCCGAAGAAGUUUAGUGUUCUGGGAAACUGGCAGCGUGAGUACACAAUGGAAUACAUCCUAACCCAUCUCAAGAAAGAGAUGGCAUCCCCACAGAACCGCAAGCUAGUACAGCCUCCGGAGGGGACAUUCUUCUAAAGACGCCAGCAACUCAUGUCCUUCCAUGGUGACUCAGGAAACAGCUUCCGCACCUGGUUUCUAUAUAUCUUAUAUAUGUCUAGUUUAAUCUCCCAGAUAUCUGUGAACCACCGAGAUCGAGUACAAGCAGACUUGGUUCAUUACAAUUUGCACGGUGGUUGCUAAAGAUAUGGGAUGAAACGGUUGCUGGUUUGGCUGCUAUUAAGGUUGUGUAAUCUGCUGGGCAAUUUCAGCUUCUUAAUGCCAUUGUUAUGAUGAAUCUUUGGCCUUUUGCAGUUGUGCUGCCUUAACUUUGAUCAUAAGCUGCAUAUCUGCCCAAUUUUUUUGAA